AUGGCACCUGCAUUUAACGCCCAAGCCACUAUCACCCUUGAACGCAAUGGAACGCUCGGAGUGCAUGAGGGAUGUAAGGGGGCGCCCCAUAUGCAAACACCCACAGGCCAGUCCGAACCGCAACGACCACCUCUCCUGAGAAUUCCGAUUGAAAUACUACUGUCAAUUGUGGACUUCCUUUCCCCUGAGGAUGUCCUGUGCUUAGCAUUUUGCAGCGUCGAUCUCUGGUCUAUCCUGGAAGGUCGCAGGAAGAAGUUCAGCCUAGUGGGACACAAAAAGUUACCCCUGCUACGGAGACUCGAGUAUGACGCAUUGGCGUAUUUCGCUUGCGCAUGUUGCUCCAUGCUGCAUAUGUAUGAGAGCUCACGGUUGAGCCCGCGAUCCUCACCAACUGAGACGCUCCCGUGCAUUCGAGAUGGCCGGUGGAAAACACCCGAACUUGGAUUCAUGCUCUUCCGAAAGGACCUGGACCCUCCGUACGAGCUCAAUUUCUUGAUGGUCCAGCUUGCAAUGAGACGCUUUCACCAUGGUCCUCAGACUGGCAUCACCUGUGAGUCAUUGAACUAUGCACAAGUGCGGUCGCGGGGUGGCACUUACCAGCUGCCUGUAAUGGUUUCGAUCGAAGCACGGAUAUUCCCCAAGAAAUGGAUAUCGGUACGAGCACCACAGAGUGAAUGCUCGCUUGAAUCGGUCUCUUCACCACCAUCCGCCUCUCAGCCGUGGAAUGCACGAUUCUCAAAGAUAGGUUCAGACACGCAUCAGCUUUGUCUUCGUGUCCAGGAGAUUGACUUCGUGUUGACAAGCUUUCUGUGCCCAGGAACCGUCACUGUCAAUCACCGUUUCAAAAUUUGCUAUCACUCGCAAGCUUUGGGCGUUGUCAUCCCCCAGCAACUUCUUGAGCAUUCCGCCCACGACGAUGGGUACCGAAAGAUUGGUGGAUCCUGUCCAGUCUGUCAUGUCAUCUUUGAGAUCGGUGUAGUGACUAUUGGGGAAUAUACGGCAUUGGUCCUGACCAGGUGGUUCAAUUUGGGUGCUGGAUUGACACCAGAGGACCCCCGGUGGAUGGCCCACUGCGAUCCAAACUACCCAGAGCUUCCCCGGGACGACGCCAUCAACCCACGAGAAGCCUUUGAGAGCAAUGGCUCCCCACACUCGUCAAAUCAGGCUUUGCUCAAUGGCAACUUGGACUAUCUUAAAUACCGGAAGGCCAUGGACAGGCGCGACGUCGUCACUUGGCAGAACGCUGACUACGAUUCUUGUGAUUUGAUAUUGCCUCAUGAGUCGUAUAACCCACGCGAGGUGAAUUCAAGACCGCCGACCAGAUAA